AUGUCACAAUCACAAGGAAACAGUAAAAAGUCACCUGUCACUAAGACUAUCACCAUUUUACCUGGAGACCAUGUCGGUACAGAGGUCUGUAAAGAAGCUAUUAAGGUAUUGGAUGCGAUUCAAAACUCUACUCCACAUCAAGACGUCAAGUUUGAGUACAAGCACCACUUGAUUGGUGGUGCCGCCAUUGACGCUACCGGUGUUCCAUUGCCGGACGAAUCACUUGAGGCAGCCAAGCUGUCGGACGCUGUGUUGUUGGGUGCCGUGGGUGGUCCAAAAUGGGGUACCGGUCAAGUUAGACCUGAACAAGGUUUAUUGAAGAUCCGUAAGGAAUUGAAUUUGUACGCCAACUUGAGACCCUGCAACUUCGUGUCCAAGAGUCUUUUGGAACUUUCGCCAUUGAGAGCCGAUAGGGUGGAAGGUACUAAUUUUACUGUGGUCCGUGAAUUGGUAGGUGGAAUCUACUUUGGGGAGCGUCAAGAACAAGAAGAAUCUGAGGACAAGCAAAGUGCAUGGGACACGGAGAAGUAUUCUGUAUCUGAGGUGACUCGUAUUACAAGAAUGGCGGCAUUCAUGGCUCUCCAGCAUAAUCCUCCACUUCCAAUUUGGUCGUUGGACAAGGCGAAUGUUCUUGCUUCUUCGAGAUUAUGGAGAAAGACAGUAGACAAGGUUAUUCUGGAAGAGUUCCCAACCCUCAAAGUACAACACCAAUUGAUUGAUUCCGCAGCCAUGAUUCUCAUUCAAUCACCUUCAAAAUUGAACGGUAUCAUCAUCACAUCAAAUAUGUUCGGUGAUAUUAUUUCUGAUGAAGCUUCUGUCAUCCCAGGCUCUCUUGGACUCUUACCUUCUGCUUCAUUGGCCUCUCUUCCAGACACAAAUUCUGCGUUUGGACUUUACGAACCAUGUCAUGGAUCUGCACCUGACCUUGAUGAGAACAAGGUGAACCCUGUUGCUACUAUUUUGUCAGUCGCUAUGAUGUUGCGUUUGUCCUUGGAUGCUGUCAAAGAAGCCGAGGCUUUGGAACAGGCCGUUGGUAAGGUUAUAGAUGCUGGUAUUAGAACGCGUGACUUGAAGGGAACAAGUUCGACGACUGAAGUGGGUGAUGCGGUUGCCCAAGAAGUUUCCAAAAUUCUCAAAUCCCAAGCAUAG